AUGCGAGCCCGGGUGGGAUGCGGGGCGGCGGCGGCCACCGUGACGCUGCAGUUCCUGGCGUCCGGCUCCUCUCGCUCGCACCCGGCGGUGGGGGGCUCUCCCCGCCCGCGCGCCCAGCGCAGCCCCGACCCGUGGGGCGCGCGCCGGCCUCCAGGGGCUCCGGCGGCAGCGCGCGCGGGGGCGGCGGCGCGCGCGGGCGGGGAGAGCGAGCGGCCGGGCGGGGAGAGCCGGGCGCGCGAGCCGAGCCCGCCGCUCACCUGCCGCCGCCGCUCACCUGGCGCGGAGCGCGCCCCCGCCCUCCCGGCCAGGCCCCGCGCGCGGCCGCCGCCCCUCGCCCCGCGGGUCCGGCGCCGACAUGCGACCCGGGUAGCGCUUCGGGAGCAGCGGAGGAGCUCCCCACCCCCGGCCUGGGCGCGCCAAGGUGACCCCCGCGAUGUACCCGCGCCCUGUGGGUCCCCUCGCGUCCCCUCGCGUCCGCCGCGGUGCCUGGGCAUCCGUCUGUCCGUCCGUGUCCACACCUCCAUCGCGUGA